CGAGGUGUGAGGACCAUGUACAGACGUCGCUCUCAGUGCUGCCCGGGUUUCUUUGAGAGCGGAGACCUGUGUGCUCCGCUUUGCACCGACGAAUGUUCCCACGGACGCUGCGUCUCUCCUGAUACCUGCCAGUGUGAGCCGGGCUGGGGGGGACUGGACUGCUCCAGUGGCUGUGAGAGUGACUUCUGGGGCCCCCACUGCACCAACCGCUGUCAGUGCCGUAACGGCGCCAAGUGCAACCCGAUCACCGGCGCCUGCGUGUGCACCGACGGGUUCCAGGGCUGGCGCUGCGAGGAGCCCUGCGACGCCGGCUUCUACGGCAAAGACUGCCUGCAGGAGAGCCAGUGCCUCAACGGCGCCACCUGCCAGCACCAGACCGGCGAGUGCCUCUGUGCACCGGGAUACACCGGAGCCUUCUGUGAGGAGACGUGUCCUCCAGGGAAACACGGAUCCCUGUGUGAGCAGCGCUGCCCCUGUCAGAACGGAGGGGCGUGUCAUCACGUCACCGGGGAGUGCUCCUGUCCCGCCGGCUGGGUGGGUCCAGUCUGUGCUCAGCCCUGUUCCUUCGGCUCGUUCGGGAUCAACUGUUCUCUGGAGUGCACGUGUCGGAACGCCGGCCUGUGCGACCACAUUAGCGGCCAGUGCCAGUGCACCGCCGGCUACAUCGGAGAGAGAUGUCGAGAGGAAUGUCCGGUCGGCUCCUACGGGCCUCAGUGCGCCAACAAGUGUGACUGUCAGAACGGAGCCAAGUGCUACCACAUCAACGGGGCCUGUCUAGGAAAUGUGAACAAGACCUGUCUCCCUGGUGUCUCCCUGGUAUCUCCCUGGUUUCCCCCUGGUGUCCCCCUGGUGUCUCCCUGGUGUCUCCCUGGUGUCUCCCUGGUGUCUGUCUACCUGGUGUCUCCCUGGUGUCUCCCUGGUGUCUUCCUGGUGUCCCCCUGGUGUCUCCCUGGUGUCCCCCUGGUGUCUCCUUGGCGUCUCCCUGGUGUCCCCCUGGUGUCUCCCUGGUGUCUCCCUGGUGUCCCCCUGGUGUCUUCCUGGUGUCCCCCUGGUGUCUCCCUGGUGUCUUCCUGGUGUCUCCCUGGUGUCCCCCUGGUGUCUCCUUGGCGUCUCCCUGGUGUCCCCCUGGUGUCUCCCUGGUGUCCCCCUGGUGUCUCCCUGGUGUCUCCCUGGUGUCUGUCUUCCUGGUGUCCCCCUGGUGUCUCCCUGGUGUCUGUCUUCCUGGUGUCCCCCUGGUGUCUCCCUGGUGUCCCCCCUGGUGUCUCCUUGGCGUCUCCCUGGUGUCCCCCUGGUUUCCCCUGGUGUCUCCCCGGUGUCCCCCUGGUGUCCCCCUGGCGUCUCCCUGGUGUCCCCCUGGUGUCUCCUUGGCGUCUCCCUGGUGUCUCCCUGAUGUAUCCCUGGUGUCUUCCUGGUGUCCCCCUGGCGUCUCCCUGGUGUCCCCCUGGCGUCUCCCUGGUGUCCCCCUGGUGUCUCCUUGGCGUCUCCCUGGCGUCUUCCUGGUGUCCCCCUGGCGUCUCCCUGGUGUCCCCCUGGCGUCUCCCUGGUGUCCCCCUGGCGUCUCCCUGGUGUCCCCCUGGCGUCUCCCUGGUGUCCCCCUGGCGUCUCCCUGGUGUCCCCCUGGUGUCUCCUUGGCGUGUCCCUGGUGUCUCCCUGGUGUCUCCCUGGUGUCUCCCUGGUGUCUCCCUGGCGUCUCCCUGGUGUCUCCCUGGUGUCUGUCUCCCUGGUGUCUCCCUGGUGUCUCCCUGGCGUCUCCCUGGUGUCUCCCUGGUGUCUGUCUCCCUGGUGUCUCCCUGGUGUCUCCCUGGUGUCUCCAUGGUGUCCCCCUGGUAUCUCCCUGGUGUCCCCCUGGUGUCCCCCUGGUGUCUCCUUGGCGUCUCCCUGGUGUCUGUCUCCCUGGUGUCUCCCUGGUGUCUCCCUGGUGUCUCCUUGGCGUCUCCCUGGUGUCUCACUGGUAUCUCCCUGGUGUCUGUCUCCCUGGUGUCUCCCUGGUGUCUCCCUGGUGUCUUCCUGGUGUCUGUCUCCCUGGUGUCUCACUGGUAUCUCCCUGGUGUCUCCCUGGUGUCCCCCUGGUGUCCCCCUGGUGUCUCCCUGGUGUCUGUCUCCCUGGUGUCCCCCUGGUGUCUCCUUGGCGUCUCCCUGGAGGGGGACGCUGGUGAGGACCUGCUGUCCCUCACGUUCCUCCUCGAGGUUCUGAGGCGUCUUCUCAUGAAGAAUGAAAGAGCCACAAUCCUCAACACAUAUGUUACUGACUCGGCUCAGUUUGAUCCAGACCCAGAACUCCUCCUCUGGUCUCAGGACCCGUUCACACCUGAUGUUCAGGGUGACGACUGCUCCAUCAGCUGCCCCCCCGGCCUGUACGGCACCAACUGCACCUCCUCCUGCUCCUGCCACAACGAGUUCUCCUGCUCGCCCAGCGACGGCUCCUGCUUCUGCAGAGAAGGUUGGCAGGGGGUGGACUGCACCAUCCCGUGCUCCAGUGGUUCUUGGGGACUUGGCUGCAAUGAGACGUGUCAGUGUGCCAACAUGGCCGCCUGCGACCCCGUCAACGGAACCUGCACCUGCUCCUCGGGCUGGGGGGGCGAGUACUGUGACGCGGCGUGUCCGGAGGGCUCGUACGGGCUGGACUGUGCAGAGCGAUGUGACUGUGUCCACUCCGACGGCUGCGACCCGGUGAGCGGCUCCUGUCGCUGCCUCACAGGAUGGACCGGUGUGGGUUGUGACAGUGUGUGUGAGGAGGGACGCUGGGGACAGAACUGCUCGUCCAGCUGCACCUGUGAGAACGGCGGCUCCUGCUCCCCAGAGGACGGCUCCUGUGUGUGCGCUCCUGGAUACCGAGGAACCAACUGCAGACGAGCCUGUUCACCUGGUUUCUACGGUCACCGCUGCAGCCAGUCGUGUCCUCAGUGUCUCCACAGUGACGGAGCGUGUCACCACGUCACCGGACACUGUGAAUGUCUCUCUGGAUUCUUCGGCUCCCUCUGCAACCAAGUGUGUCCCAGUGGGAGGUUCGGUAGCGCCUGUGCCGAGUCGUGCUCGUGCACCAACAACGGGACGUGUCAUCCCAUCGACGGCUCCUGUCAGUGCUUCCCAGGAUGGAUCGGAGAGGACUGCUCCAGACCAUGUCCUCAGGGCUCGUGGGGCCCAGACUGCAUCCACACAUGUAACUGUCACAACGGAGCUCAGUGCAGUGCAGCAGACGGAGAGUGUGACUGCAGCGCUGGAUGGACGGGACUCUACUGCACCCAGCGUUGUCCUGCAGGUUUCUUCGGCUCUCGGUGUGCGGAGGUGUGUCGCUGUCAGAACGGAGCCGACUGUGAACACAUCACCGGACGGUGCUCGUGCAGGACGGGCUUCAUCGGACAGAGCUGUGAACUCAAGUGCCCUGCGGGGACCUUCGGGUUUGGCUGCCAGCAGCUGUGUGAGUGUCUGAACAACGCAACCUGCGACUACGUGACGGGGACCUGCUACUGCAGCACCGGCUUCAAAGGGAUCCGCUGCGACCAGGCUGCUCUGAUGAUGGAGGAGCUGAACCCCUACACCAAGAUCAGCCCGGCGCUGGCGUCCGAGCGCCAGUCGGCCGGCGCCGUCCUGGGCAUCGUGUUCCUGCUGCUGCUCCUCGUGGCCAUGCUCGGCCUGGUGGUCUGGUUCCGCUACCGGCAGAGAGAGAAGGGUCACCAGGUGCCCAGCGUCACCUACACCCCCGCCCUGCACAUCAACUCCACAGACUACUCCCUGUCCGGGCUGCAGUGCACAGGCCUGCUCUCCUCUACAGACUCCUCCCCCAGCAGCAGCUCAGUCGGCGGCUGCUUCUCUAACCCGAGCUACCGCACGCUGGGGCCCUGCACGUACACCGCGCACUACGCCACGCCCCACAAGAGGGCCGCCGCCAAGAUGAAGACGAAGCGGCGCCACAGGAACAGCGCCCCCGAGUGGGGAGCCUACUGUAACCUCAGGGAUCUGGGUGUCUACUGCAUCGACCGGCGCUACAGCCACCACCUGGAGCCUCCACGCUACAGAGACUACAUGAAGGGCUCCUUGUCCAGCACCUGCUCCCUCAACAGUGAGAACCCGUACGCCACCAUCAACGACCCCCCCGCCCUCUGCAAGCACUCUGAGAGCAGCUACGUGGAGAUGAAAUCCCCGACUCGCCACGACCACGUGACUCACUGCUGCUCCGCCGCCAUCAUCACCGCGGCUCCCGCCAAGAACGUGUACGACAUGGAACCGACCAUCAGCAUCAUCCAGGGACCCGGUGGUGUGGUGGUCCCGCUCGGUUUCCCUCAGAACCCGUACGACCUGCCCAGGAACAGUCACAUCCCCGGACACUACGACCUGCUGCCUGUCCGCCACAGCCCCCCCCACAGCCACAGCCCCCCCCUGCCCGGCAGCCCCACCAGCUCCCUCCUUUAG